UUGGGAUCUGUGUUCAGUGUGUCCAAGAGUUUCUGGCUGACAUCAGCAUUGAUUCAGGAAUGAAUUUCUUCUUCCUGGGCAAAACAGAGGCAAGUGGGCAAAAAAAAAGGAAAUCUGACUACGUCAUUGUGGCUGCUUUCAGCUGAGAUGCUUUAUUUUGGUUUUGAGUUUUGUUCCCUCAGGCUCCCAGGAUGUCUGCCCAGAGCUCCCGGAACUCAGCGAGCCCCAUGCUGCUGCUGGUGCUGCUGGGCUGUGUCCUGUGUCCCCCAGCACAGGCCAGCAAGAGCUCUGAGGACAUUCGCUGCAAGUGCAUUUGCCCCCCGUACCGCAACAUCAGCGGGCACAUCUACAACAAGAACGUGUCCCAGAAGGACUGCAACUGUCUGCACGUGGUGGAGCCCAUGCCAGUGCCUGGGAAUGACGUGGAGGCCUACUGCCUGCUCUGUGAGUGCAAGUACGAGGAGCGCAGCACCACCACCAUCAAGGUGAUCAUCAUCAUCUACCUGUCCGUGGUGGGGGCCCUGCUGCUCUACAUGGCGUUCCUGGUGCUCGUGGACCCCCUGAUCCGCAAGCCAGACCCCUACACCCAGCCCCUGCACAACGAGGAGGACAGCGAGGACACUCGUUCCCUGGCUGCAGUGCCCACCCUGGCUGGUGCCAGGGCCAACACGGUGCUGGAGCGGAUGGAGGGGGCGCAGCAGCGCUGGAAGCGGCAGGUGCAGGAGCAGAGGAAGACGGUGUUCGACCGGCACAAGAUGCUCAGCUAGGCUGGGCUCUGCCACAUCAGGACACCCCAGUGUUGGAAUGGAACUCCAACCCUCCCUGAUUCACCAUCUCCAGAGGGAGCAGCAGCCCCAAAGGCUUCUCUGCUCGUGUCCUCUGCCGUUCCCUUGCCCAGCCUCGCUGGCCCUGGGCCAUGUGGAGCUCGGCUGAACGUGGGACUCCCUCAGCCCACCCCAGCAGAAACAGGCUGGGAACAGAGAGCUGGGAGCUGGCUGAGUCUUCCUGGGAUAAAAAUACUGGGAGAACUUUGAUGUGGGAUAAAUUAUGUGAUGUUUCUCCAGGAUGCAGCAGCCACCUCCUCCCUCAGUGUGCACUGAUGGUCCGUGGGCAUUGUGGUGCUGAGCCACAUAAUGCAGCACAGGAACAAAGGGGAGGGAGUUUCUGCCAGUGGGCACUGCUGCUUCCACUUACCCUGAUGUAAAUGGAGAGAUUUCCAUACCUCUGGAAUCUGUCCAGGUUUACACCAGCAUAACUGAGACUGCAGCUUGCUUCUGGGCAGGUGAAUAUCACAAAACCUGUUAGUACCUACAUCAGUAAGAGUCCAACAGAUAAAAAGCUGAUUUACAUUUCGAUCUUUUUGUGCUUUACCGGUAGAUAAAAACCUCCUGGGGUGAAACCUCUCCAUUUACACCUACACUGGUGACUCUUGGUGUUCUCCCAGGGUGGGCAGCAGCAUUUGUGUCCAAGAGAACUGGGGCAAAGGCUCUCCUGGAGCACUGGAAAUGCCUGUCAAGGCCCUGGACACUUGUGUCAUUCAGAACACUCCCAAGAGCUGACAGGACUUGGGCUGUGUGAAGGAAGCUGCAGUGUGUAUUGAUCCCAUGGAGAACAUUUGGAGUUUAUGGUGUAGCACCUCUGUAUUAAAUGCAGACACAGAUCUA